CUUCGGCUAGGGCUCCACGUCGCGUUGACCGCCGACGCCCCUCUUCAGAAACCAAUCACCAAUCUGGUCUGGGGAGUACGUCAUCAUCCAGCGGCUACGGAUCAACCUGCGUCUGGGUUCUCUUUGGGGUCUGUGAGAUGAAGCCAUACUCCCUCUUGAACUGUAUCUUCAGCACCUCAGUGUCCUCAGCCAGCUGUACCUGGGUGUCCUCGAUCUCCCUCAGCUCCUCCAGGAUGGUGGUAAGCUUGCCUGGACUGCCCAGUGCACCCACUCUCCUGGCCGUGAACGACUGUGUGCCUUGCUGUCACCUGAGCCUGACAUGUUGCUCAAGCACUCAUCAUUGCUGCCAUACUUGUUCACAAUGGUGGCACUGCCUCCAUAUGUCCUGGCACUGGCAUUUGGCUGGAAUUUCUCCAAGCUUUCAAGGGAAAGUGCUGCACCCUCAAGAAGUAUUAACUGAGUUCUUGUGCAUGUAGAAAAAAUUUCAGAUGGAACUACAGCUCCAGUCAAGAACUGCUGACAAUAGGGAUUCCCUCUGUGCAGCGUCCCCGAGGGAGCUACCUCUUGGACACCCUGCAGUCUCUCUUCUUUGCUUCCUCCUCAUCUGAGCAGAAAUACUUCAUUGUUCUGGUACAUCUGGCAGAUCCUGAUUCCACAUGGCGUGGUCAAAUGAUCUCCAACAUCUCAACCCUCUUUAAACCAUAUAUCCAAGCCAACCAGCUAGUAGUGAUCAAUACUCCACUUAAAAGCUAUCUUCCCUUGAAGGACUUUAAGAAAAACUUUAAUGACACUCCUGCCUAUGUAGCCUUCCGUUCCAAGCAGAACAUGGAUUAUGCCUUCCUCAUGAACUUUGCUACCAACCACUCCGACUAUUUCCUGAUGAUUGAAGAUGACGUGAAAUGUGUCCCUGGAUUUGUCACCCAGAUAGCUGCCACAGUGUCUGCCUGGGAAAACAAACCUUGGGUGACUCUGGAGUUCUCUCAGCUGGGCUUCAUUGGAAAACUCUUUCACACUAAAGACCUCCCCUGUUUUGUUCAUUUCCUUCUCCUCUUCUACCAAGAAAUGCCCUGUUACUACCUCCUCUCCCAUUUUCAUGAACUUAUGCAACAAACACCAAUCCAGUUCUUCCCUUCCCUCUUCCAGCACAUGGGUAAUUAUUCCUCCUUUGAGGGCAAAUUCAAUAGUCUCAAAGAUAGAGAGUUUGAGGAAGAUGACAUUGGCUCUCCCAGCAACCCUGCUGCAUCCAUCUACACUAGCCUGAAGGUUGCUAAUGCCUCUGUUCUCAUGAAUGCCUAUAGCUUGGAUAAGAAUUUCUUUUAUACCAAGUCAGCUGAGGCUGGCAGUCACUUGACUGUGGUUUUGGACACACCUGCCAAAGUUUUCAGAGUUCAAGUGCUGACUGGCUCUGACCUAAAAGAAGAGAAUCAGCUUAAAGAGGGACAUAUUGAACUGGGCUAUGAUUCUACUAAUAGGAUCAAUGACUGUGAUGACUAUAUUCUACUGGGGCUACUAGUAAAUGGUGUCCUGAAUAAGCAGGUAUUAUCUAAUGAGUCUGGGAAGAAGGUGAAAUGUGUGAGAUUGCUGGUGACAGGCACUCCACCCUCUGGGAUAAUAGUUAGGCACAUUAGCCUCUGGGUUAAAUGAAGUUUAAGUAAUAUGUCAUGUGGAGAAGACAUUGGAAGUUCUGGAGUGUUCAUGUUGGAGGUUAGAAUAUAAAGAGGUUAAAAAAUUAAAGUGUUUAAAUUGGGUGGGGACAUCUUAUUGUUGUGUCCUUUUUAAUAUUCUUCAUACAGCAGAUAUAGCAUGUGGAAAGGCAGAGUGAAAGUAAUAUCCCUAUGGGCUCAGAGAGCCACUAGUGGAAGAGGCCAUCCAAAAUUCUUUCCUUGGGCAAAAAAAAAAAAUCAGACUUCUAGAAACAACAUGAACAUAUGAGUUGGGGUGAUUGAUGCUCUUAUCACAUCCAAGAAAUGGAUUCACUGAAGACUGAACUUCCUAUGUGGCAGGAAAUGUAAACUGGUCAGGAGAGAAACAUAAUUAUUUUCUCUGUAAUCUCAUUUUUCCAUUACAAUGUCGUCAUUCAGUUAAUAAACAGUUAUUGAUUACAUUUUAUAAUCAAUUAGGCAGAAUCCUCUUCUGCAUAAACACCCAGU